GCUGUAUCUGCACUCCAUCAGCUUGCAUCACAUCCAUCCGUUGCUGCCCAGCUAUGUGAUGAUCCUACAUUCAUUGCGCUCAUCGUCGAGUUCCUUUCGAGAAAUGAUGUUUCGGGUGCGGAAGACGAGUUACUUGAGCGAGAACUGUUAGGUUUACUGUAUCAAUUGAGCAAAACCCCGGAAGGAGCCCGCACUGUAGAAGAAGCGGGAUGGCAGAGAGAUGGUCUGGAACCGGAACUUUUUGGCGAAAUGUACCCGGUACACGGUAUGGAACGCAUCGACCAUUUUCCCACUCCACCCAACAAUAGCAGCUGGUUUGACACAGACCUUUGA